AUGCGUGAAUGUAUCAGUGUACAUGUUGGUCAAGCUGGUGUUCAAAUGGGCAAUGCAUGUUGGGAAUUGUAUUGUUUAGAACAUGGUAUUCAACCAGAUGGACAAAUGCCAAGUGAUAAAACUAUUGGAGGUGGUGAUGAUUCAUUCAAUACGUUCUUCAGUGAAACAGGUGCUGGAAAACAUGUACCAAGAGCGGUGUUUGUGGAUUUAGAACCAACUGUUGUAGAUGAAGUACGAACUGGAACUUAUCGUCAAUUAUUUCAUCCGGAACAAUUAAUCACUGGUAAAGAAGAUGCUGCUAAUAAUUAUGCACGUGGUCAUUAUACUAUUGGAAAAGAAAUAGUGGAUUUAGUUUUGGAUCGUAUACGUAAAUUAGCUGAUCAAUGUACUGGAUUGCAAGGAUUUUUGAUUUUUCAUUCAUUCGGUGGUGGUACCGGCUCGGGAUUUACAUCUCUACUGAUGGAACGUUUAAGUGUGGAUUAUGGUAAAAAGUCUAAGCUGGAAUUUGCUGUGUAUCCUGCACCACAAAUUGCUACAGCUGUAGUUGAACCAUACAAUUCGAUUUUAACAACACACACUACAUUGGAACAUUCUGAUUGUGCUUUUAUGGUUGAUAAUGAAGCGAUUUAUGAUAUUUGUCGACGAAAUCUGGAUAUUGAACGUCCAACCUACACUAAUCUAAAUCGUCUUAUUGGUCAAAUUGUCAGCUCAAUUACUGCUUCACUACGUUUUGAUGGUGCAUUGAAUGUGGACUUAACUGAAUUCCAAACUAAUUUAGUCCCUUAUCCUCGUAUUCACUUCCCAUUGGCCACUUAUGCACCAGUCAUUUCAGCUGAGAAAGCUUAUCAUGAACAAUUGAGUGUGGCUGAAAUUACAAAUGCUUGUUUUGAACCAGCAAAUCAAAUGGUGAAAUGUGAUCCUCGUCAUGGCAAAUACAUGGCCUGUUGUAUGUUGUAUCGUGGUGAUGUUGUGCCUAAAGAUGUGAAUGCUGCAAUCGCUACAAUCAAAACUAAACGUACUAUUCAAUUUGUGGAUUGGUGUCCAACUGGUUUCAAAGUGGGCAUCAACUAUCAACCGCCAACUGUUGUACCUGGUGGUGAUUUGGCUAAAGUGCAACGUGCUGUAUGUAUGUUGAGCAAUACCACCGCGAUAGCCGAGGCUUGGGCUCGUCUUGAUCAUAAAUUUGAUUUGA